GUAGUAACUCUCACUUUUUUUUUUUUUUAAAAAGAAAAUUUUCUCCUUUGAAUUCAUUGAAGAUGGUUUUGAAAUCGAAGAUGAAAUGGAUAGGUCUUUUUGGGCUGGUUUUAUCAGCAUUUUCUCUAUUUGCUCAUUUCCUGCUUGCAAGAUAUACUUCUACUGAGAGUAGCGUUGCUGAUGAGCAGCAUUCAAUCACAAUCUUCACUUGGAGGCCUAGAUUUGAGAAUGCAGAUCUUCCUAGAGCUAGUUCAAUGUAUAGAAGGUUAUGGGGUCCUGUAAGGCCUCUUGAAUCUCUACAUCCACAUGCAAAUCCCAGAGGAAUGUACCAAGGCCCUAGUGUACAAACCAAUGGCUUUAUCUUUGUCAAGAUACAAGGAGGUUUCCAUGAGAUCAGGAAUUCGAUCUGUGAUGCUGUUGUGGUUUCUCGGCUUCUAAAUGCUACAUUAGUUAUUCCUGAGCUCCAAUCGACCACAAGCAGCAAGGGAAUUAGUUCUGCUUUCAAGAGUUUUGCAUACCUUUAUAAUGAGGAACAUUUCGUAGAGGCAUUAGCAAAGGAUGUCUUAGUUGUAAAGAGCCUGCCCAAGAAUUUCAAAGCAGCGAGGAGGAAUAAGGAAAUGCCCGUAUUUAAAGUGCCAUAUUCAGCUUCUCCGGAAUUUUAUCGUGAACUAGUCCUCCCAGUACUAAAGCGGCAUUCAGUAGUCGAAUUGCUUGUUACAGAUGGAGGAUGCUUGCAGGCUAUCCUCCCACCCCAUCUUGAAGAAUGCCAGAGGCUGAGGUGUAGGGUUGCUUUUCAUGCCCUUCGAUUUCGGGACGAGGUCCAAGAACUUGGCACCAAAAUACUUAAUAGGCUACGGGCCACAGGACGGCCAUUUUUAGCAUACAAUCCUGGGGUGACUAGAGAUGCUCUAGCUUAUCAUGGUUGUGCUGAGCUCUUCCAGGAUGUACAUACGGAACUCAUACAACAUAGAAGAUUGUGGAUGAUCAAACGUGGGCUGGUGAAGGAGGAACUUCCUGUUAAUUCCAUGAAUCAGCGUCUCAACGGCUCAUGUCCACUGAUGCCAGAAGAGGUUGGUAUUCUUCUUCGUGCAUAUGGCUAUUCUUCAGACACAAUAAUAUAUGUUUCGGGGGGUGAAAUAUUCGGCGGCCAGAGGGUAUUGAUUCCUCUACAUGCAAUGUUUGAGAACGUCGUUGAUCGGACUUCUCUAAGCACUGCUAGAGAACUUGCAAGUAUCUACGGCCACGAGGAGUGCCUGAUCAGCUCUCCCCAUCAGAAGCUGCCUUUGGUUAAGGAAGAAAUGGACCUCAACGCAUGGAAAAAAUCAGGCCCGCGUCCUCGGCCGCUUCCACCGCCUCCUGCCAGGCCUAAAUACCCACACAACAUCGAGGGAUGGUGGGGUUGGGUAGCCGAAAUUGAUAAAGAGCCGGUGGCAUCAAUCGUGGAGUUGAGAACCAAUGCUCAUAAAUUGUUGUGGGAAGCGAUUGACUAUAUAAUCUGUGUUGAAGCUGAUGCAUUCUUCCCUGGGUUUGAUCGAGAUGGCAAGGGGCGUCCAAGUUUAGCAAGCUUGGUCAUGGGUCACAGGCUCUAUCAGUCCACUGCCUCAAAAACGUUCCGACCUGAUAGAAGAGUAGUCGUGAAGCUCUUGGAAGAAAUCCGUGAUCAUCUGUACCAAGCAAAUCGAACCUGGCUAACAUCCGUGCGCAAGCACCUGAGUAGAACCGUUCUCGACGGCCUAACCGAAGCCUCCUCAAAUUCAAAGCUACAGGUCUUCCUCUCCCACCCAGUUCCUGAGUGCUCAUGCUCAAGCUACAGGCCUUCCGAAGCUUCUAGUCCUUCAGGCCGUGUAAAAGAUCAUGUUUCUCCUGGUGUUGAGCACCGAUGCCCUGCUUGGAUGGAUGCCAAUACAAUCAUGCGGUCUGAGAAGGACAAGGAAAGGGAGGAAGAACUUGAUGAAGAUGAUCCUAGGUUGGGGCAGCCUUUUCAGGUUGGCAGCGACCGGGAAGUUGGUGGGCCCGACAUCAGUAACAAAGAAGAGUCCCACAUGGAGGACCAAGAAGAGAUUGACGGUGGGGAAUGACAAUCAGAGGCUGCAUUGUGUUGCUGAUGCAGUAAUCUCUUUGGACGCCCAUCUCGCGGUUGGCCUAGCGCAGCAUCGGUGUGUAUAUAACCUUUUUCACUUCAAUGGUUUUGGGAGCCUGAGAGGGUCGAUGAACGGUAGACGAUCUCAGUUUCAGUUGUCCUGAUGUGCCAAGUUCAUACAGGUGAGGGACGUUGAUCUGAUGAUCCAGACGGUUGAACCCAUAGCAUACGAAUGAUGCCCCAAAAAAUCAUAACCAUCCAAUCUUUUUCGAUCUUGCCAUACCAUGAAGUUUUUUAUUUCAUUCUAUUGUACGAAAUUGAUUAACAGAUUCGAAAUUUUUUGGGGUGUCUGCAAUUCAUUGUGGGCUCAUUCAUAUCAACGGUCUGGAUCAGAGAACCAAUGAAAUGACUUAUUCAAACUUGGCAGGUCAGGACACUACACAUGACCCUAUAAUUCCUCUUUAACGGUCGAAUCGGACUCCAAUCAUGCUACAACGGCUCAAUGACACAGGCUCGUAACUUGCUUAAGAGACUGAGAUGGCCCGGAUCUGAUGGACGGCUGUUUUCUUUGGUUGAACUGUCAGUGUGCUAACAAACCCAUUUUGAUGGUGGAUGAAAGGAGGAUUGUUUUGGAGGUUAGAAUACAACAUGUGCUUCUGGCACUCUUACAUGGUCUACUAAUCUACGGUACAUAUAGUAUAAUGUUUGUCAAUACAGGUUGUCCAAGUAAUGGACCCCAUUUUGGA